AUGGCUUACCGGUUCAACUCGAAGAAAGCGGGGUUCUUCGCCUUAUUAACCUACGCCCACCAUAUCAUCCACUCAACUGAGGGAGGUGAAAUACACUCAAUCGACGGAGUUCUAACACCGCCCCAUCGCAUCCCUUGUUUAUGGUCCAACCUCUCAUCCAAAACUUGGAAGAGUGUCGAUGAAGCCAUCAGUAAGAUUGGCCCCGGCGGGGAGGCAGAAGUCAAGUCUUACUCUCACGGCUACAGUACUCUUCGCAUUCUUGGGGAAAGGCCUUGGAAUGACAAAUACGUGUCAUAUCCGGCUACGCAGAUUGAUUCAUAUCGGUUUCCAACUGAUGAAUCGAGGUACCUACCCGGUAAGAUUAUUCUGUUUGACAGUGAGGUCGUCCCAGGCCAUCUGGUUCCGGAGGAACCAGGUGGCCCAGAAACACCUCGGGACCUAGUUCCAAACUCUAUCCAAGCUCCGAGAGCUCAUCAGGCGCCGCCGCGGGUGCCCAAGACUGGUACCUCAGCCUUACGCGCAAAUGCGGAGCCAUUUACACCUGGUCAGGCAAACAGGCAAAAAGUGACAUUACCAGAUAAGAAGACUUAUAGGGAAAUCGUUGCUAGCGGUAUCAUGCCUCAGGAUGAGCCCGCAGGCGAUCGAGAAUCCACCAACCCGAACGAAAUGUCUGGCCAUGCGCUUUCAAAGGGAGUCUCCAGCGCCAUCGGAGAGCAGCCAGUUGCACAGAACUUGCGGAACGUAACUCAGAAUCGCAAGAUGCGCAAGAACUUGCCCAAAGAAGCCUCUGUCGCACAUCCGAUGAACUUCUAUAGGAACCAGCCAAGAAAGCAAAUUGAGCCCGAUCGCAACUUUCUGGCAAAAAAACUCGAUGCGAAAUCACCAGUGGGUCGAAUCUUAAACAGAGCUAGGAAUGAACCUGGAACUGAAUCUAUCACCGAUUCAAGCUCGGUUAAAGAGACCGAUCGAGUCAUGCCCCUCCAAACCUCACGGACAAAAAAGGUCGAUACCAAAUCACCGGCUAUUCAAAUUUUGACCAGAGCUAAGGAUGAGCCCAAGCAAGCUAAAAUCGAAAGCAUCCCUAAUUCAGUGUCGGUUCGAAAGAACGAGGCGUCAAAGGAAGAUGAAAAGCAGGAAGACAUAUCCGAUCAUGCUCGUAACUCUAUUUCCCAAGAAGUUCCCAUUGAUCGUCAGAAGAGCGCCGAUGAUAAAAACCCAAAUAAUCAGCACAUUGAGAGACAUGAGACAAUUUUGACGUCUGCGCUCGACCAAGGUGGGGUUGGCAAGAUAGCAGAGGCAGAAAAAGCUGAUUUCAUGAAUCCAAGAAGUGGUUCAGAAUCUUUGGAGAGGCCAGAGUCUACACUCAAACCGCCGCAAGCUUCCCAAAAGAAUGAUGAAAAAAAGUUAGCUUCUUCCAAUAUGGCCUUGGAUGAUGUUCCAAACGUCUCUGGCAAUGAAGUAAUCCAAGACGAGAAAAAGAUGACGAUGCCGCUUGAAUCUAACAAUAAGAGGGAGCAGAAUUCAUUUGAAGAUAAACCCGGGACUCCAAGUCCAGCUGGAGUAGACCACGAUGAAUCUCUCCCAAGGCAAGCUGUUCCAGAAGCCCCACAAAGUGCCGUUGGAAAUUUAAAUUACAAAAGCGCACUGUUGAAAAAAGUGCUGAUACCCAACAUCGGACAGAAAAAGGAUGAAACUCACCCCAAAUGCUCGCCCUUUGGGCUUGAAAAAACAUCAGAGAUUGAAGCAAAUUGA